AUGGCAUCGCCGCAGUACUCCACUCCGUAUUCAGUGCUGAGCUACCCAACCUACACCCCUCUCUCUGUGGCACCUCUCAAGGGGGAUGAAUCACCAGCGGGUGACGAUGUCUCGCUAGUUCAUGCUGCUGUGACGGCGGACGUGGCCCAUCAGCACAUUAACCCAACGCCUGCGCUUCAACAGCUGUACACGCCAUCGACAGCGGCUAACAACGGGACCAGGUGUCCUGCACCAGUCGUCGGGACAGCCUCUCAAGUGCAGUCCGGUAAGCUGUUCUCUGCUGCACCCCACCUCACUCGUGUUAACGCCCCGCUCUAUGCCCCAUCUGGAACAGUGAGGGUGGAGCCAAUGCUGUACGGUGGUGCUCCACCGCCGAUGUCCGCCGCGCAGCCGUACUACAACGACAUUGCUGGCAUCCAAGAUCGGUCCACAGUGCCCUUGACGCGCCAAUCCCCUUCUCGCUCCCACGCCCCUGCGCUGGUGGGGGGCGGAAUUGAGGUGGAGGUCCAGUCCGACGUGGUCUCUAUCUCGCAGGCCGCACCAAACUUGUGCGCUUUUCAGAAAGAAUGUUACUCUCUUCUGUCGAUGUUGAAUGCUUCCUCUCUCCCGCGGCGGAUGGCACCGUCACCGAGCACCGCAGUCAACCCUCCUCAUCCCCCGCUUUCAGUUGUCACGGACGCUGAGGCCACCUGCGCCGUGACGGGCGCCGUUCGCCGGGAAAGGCAGCCAGUGAUCAUCCCGUUAGCUCACGCAUCGGCAUCAACCUUAUCUUCCGCGAAAGUCUCGUCACCAUCGCCUUCUCUGGCAGGAGAGAGGGUAGAAAUGAAGGCCUCUACAGAGGACCCUGCGCACUCAGCAACGUACGUGCAGCUGAUGCAGGAGAUGGACGAUCUCGCCAGCUUGUUGGAGGGGGAAGGUGAGCUGCCGGGGCAGCGAUGUGCGGCAUCUCGGCAACAUAGUGUGUCUGGCACCACUCCAGCGAAGGGGGCUAGGGGUGACUACGUUGCUUCCAUGACUCCAGUGCCGUCUGCGAGGCCGGCAAACUCGCCGACAGACACCCCUGAGAAGCAGUGCCAACCGGCGCCUGAUACUCACCAGUGCGACCGAUCAAGACCACCGUCGUUGCCGCCUCUUUCACCGAGCAGGGGAGAGCUGGUGAACGCCCCUACGAGACCCUUUUGGUCGACCCAGCUGCUGAAGUGGAUUGCCUACCUUGUGGAACAGCGGCAGAGCGCGCUGCAACGCAUCCAGGCUUUUGAGGACGCUCGCGCACCUAGUCGACGGGGGGCCAGUGUCAGCGCCGUAGCAGACAAAUCAGCCACUACCUUAUCGCCCUCACCGAUCCGGGUGACGGAGGAGGUGCUACGAUUGCUGCGCUCCCUCGACCCGGCGACCGGUGACGUGGACACGUGGACGGCUAUCCAGCAGCGACACAUGUGCACGCGCAUGGCUAAUCUUCUGGCGGAGAUGACAGCGACGGAGGAAAAGGCAAUGGCCGAUGUUCUGAACGACGCUGCAGCAGGCGCCACGCUGGAACAGGAGAGCACCGUCAAAAAGCUGCCCACCGCGAUUGAAGCAACAUCAUCACCGGCGAGUGCUGUCUCGGAGGCAUAUCGGCAGGACAUGAUGGUAACCCUUUCGCUUCUUGAACAAAUCUCACAAGAGAACAAGGCGCUGAAGCUUCGUGUGGAGGAGGUGGAAACCCAAGCCACAAAGGUGCGCGAGGAGAUGGAGCGCGAAAAGGCCGCAAAAGAGGAACUCGGGAAGUACUUCGAUCGACUCGCCGCAGAUAAUAGCAGGCUUACAGCAGAACUGAGUGAGAUGGAGGCCAAGCUUCGGAAAACAGAGGAGGUGGCCAAAUCAGUGUCGCAGGAAGAGGUAUUGCGCAACCAACUAGACCGUCAGACACUUCACUUGCGCGAUGUGCGCGCCGAGCUGGACGACGUGAAGGACGAUAGCGACGCGCUGCGGCGCACUAUUCUGCAGCUUCGAGAUGCGCUAGUGCGACACCGAGCUGUUAUUGAUCUGCUGACGCGCCGCCGGCGUGAGCGAGAGCACGCUGCUGCUGGGGUGGCGAGGCGAUCCGGCAGCCGUCGCGCUCUCAGUCCGGGGAUUGAAAGUCCUUUCACGCAACUGAUUGAGGAUGUUCUCUCCGGUGCCUGCGACCCACCGUCGUUCUCAUCGUCCACCGCACCACCCGAGAUGAACCAUUCAUCCGACAAUGACGCUGGUGGGGACUCGGAUGGGCACACAUCCCUUCGGUGA